AUGCCUCCAAAAAAAAACCAGCAAUCUGAAAAGUCAAAGCAAAAGGAUAAGCAAAAGAUCGUUGAGGACAAGACUUUUGGCUUGAAAAACAAGAAAAAAUCUGUAAAAGUUCAACAGCAGAUCAAACAAAUUCAAAGCCAAGUGAUGGCAGCUGGCAAUAGGAAGGUUUUGAAAGAGAAAGAAACCGAAAAACAAGCUCUUGCCAAUAAAAAACUUGCCGAACAAAAAAAGAAAGAUGAACUUGCUGAGCUAUUCAAACCAGUUCAAGUACAAAAGGUACCAUUUGGUGUGGAUCCUAAAACGAUAUUAUGUCAAUUCUUUAAAGUUGGACAGUGUCAAAAGGGAGAUAAGUGCAAAUUCUCUCAUGAUUUGAAUGUUGAAAGGAAGAGUGCGAAAAUCGAUUUAUAUACUGAUUCGAGAAGUGAAGAAGAAAAGAAAGUAGAUACCAUGGAUAAAUGGGAUCAAGAGAAACUUGAGCAAGUCGUUAAAUCAAAACAAGGCAAUCCAAAGACUACAACCGAUAUUGUAUGUAAAUACUUUUUAGAGGCGAUUGAAAAUCAAAAGUACGGAUGGUUUUGGGAGUGUCCGAAUGAAGGUAAGAAUUGCAAGUAUAGGCAUGCACUUCCACCUGGAUUUGUACUGAAAACCAAAUCUCAAAAGAAAGCUGAAGAGGAAGAAGUCGAACAAAUCACAAUCGAAGAAUUUUUAGAAACCGAGCGACAUAAUUUGGGUCCUAACCUUACACAUGUUACACUUGAAACGUUUACUGAAUGGAAGAAGAGUCGUAAGGCGAAAUUGGACGCUGAAGAAGAACUUAAAAGAUCAGCCAAAGAAGCAGCUUUUAAAGCUGGUAAAGCUCAGGGCAUGUCUGGUCGUGAUCUUUUCACUAACGAUGGGCAAGAGGAACAAAAUGGUGAUCGAGUUGAUCAUAAACAGUCAGAUGCAGAAGAAGAAGAAAAUACUUCCGAAAAUCCUUACGGAGAAGGAAGCUGUAGUGGUGUUAGCAAUGGUAAAACAGAAAUUACGAACAAUAAUUCAACAAUUUUGAUCACUGAAGAAGGUUUAGAAGUGAAAGAGGAUUUGUUUGCAGAAGAAGACCUGGAUGAUUUUGAUGAAGAAGAAGAAUGA